AGUUACCACAGCAUAUAUUAGCAUACUGUGUGCCAUGUGUCCACUACCUUGCCUUAGCUCCCAGGACCAGGAGGACUGGCCAGAGAGGAGUAAGUCCUCCAGCCCAGAGUGGUGCUGUGAGGGUCAGCAAGAGAUGACCCGGCUGGACCCUUCUCCCCACAGAACCGGCAACGCCUCCUGGAUGGAGGAGAACAGGGGCAGGGCAAGGUCCAGGCGACCUUCAGAAGCAAGAGGGGACAGAGAACGAGAGAGUGGCUACUUCUCUCCUGACCGCAAAGGUGAAGGCAGUUCACAUAGGGAGGACGCCCCCCCCCAACGCCCAUACCGAUACUACGAGAGAGGACACCCCCUCCCAAGUAACCACAGCCCAGAGCCCAAGGCAUGUGUCCCCUACCGGAACCGGAAUCUUGGAAUUCCGUCCCAAAGGAGGGACGCGGGAACCUUCAACCAGGAAACCUGGAGAAGCGAGUCUCCGCAGAGGUACAUACAUCGUUCCAAUUUCCGGCGGGGGACUGAUUCUCGAGGACAGGGAAGUCCAAGUUCUCCAAGUCCUAAUCGUUCUCCAAGCCCCAACCGCUACAAGCUAGCAGAAUGUCCCGAGUCAUCGUCCCGGCGUCGGAGUUCCCAGUCCAGAAGCAGAGCUCCAUCUCACGGUCCCUCGCACGCUCCGUCUCGCCACCCGUCAGGAAGGUCCAGUCCAUCACAUAGGCGAGGCUCUGUGGUGUCCGGUCCCGCCUCUCCGGCUCGGCACACGCCCUCCUACAAACGUGGCAAACCCGCCCAUGUGCGGACCAAUGGCGCGGACACUUUCCAGAGAGGGCACGGCCGUGAGUCGAGACAGCCCUCCCACGCCUCCAAUGGCCACAGUUUGGACUCUGAAAAACUGUACCGCAAUCUAGACUCUAUCUCUCGACGGGGAUCGUCGGGCUUACCGCCGGAUGGCUAUGAGGGUACUCACAGUCCAAGGCCCAGAAUGAACAUGAACAGUUCCACCAAUACUCGUUCUCGAAACAGCCGUGAAUGCUCACCCCCUAGGAGUGGUUAUGGGACAAAACACCACUCCCCGCAAAGGGAAAACCCUUCUCUCAUGGAUACCAGACCUGACACAGCACACAGCUACUCAAAACGAGUCUCAGAAGGAUAUGGUGAAAACACUCCCAGCCCGGCUGCUCAGAGUCCCUGGCAUGGCUCCUCCCAUUCCCUGCUAAGCCCCGCCCCAUCCCGAAACUCCUCCCCUUCUGGGCUGCCCUUGGACUCCAAACUUCUCACACACUCACUGACGACCCACUCCACCACCAUGGAAACGGACAUCAAGGGCACCGAUAGGAGCAAAAGUAACACAAGGCGAGGCCUGGAGGCCCUGCUGACCUCUGAACCCAAAAGGAACCCGGUGGAGACAGAGGAAGUGGGGAUGACCAUUGAGGACUACAUCAUCCUGGCUGACAUCCCAAGGACCAUCAUGGAGUCAGAGGAGGAGACGCCAGGGCUGAGAAGGAGGACCCAGAGCCCAAGCCCCCGGAGGUUGGAACGAAACCAUGUUCCCAGAUAUGAUGAUGAAAUGGAUGGCUACAGUUUAAAGGCUGAGACUGAUGAGAGGGGGAGAGGAAGAGAGAGAGGGAGAGACCGGAGGGAGAGAGAAAGGGAGAAAUUCCGAGAUUCUCAGGAUGGGCGAUAUUCUCAAAAGCAAUCUACAACAGACCAACACUUCAUUAAGAGCUCAGAUAAUUCAACCCUGAAGGCCCAGAGAUCUUCAAAACCACGAGAAAAAGUCCUUCCUCAGCACACACAAACACAGCCUGAUCCUCUGACCCUCAAGGGCUGGAUGUCCAAGCUUGACGAGAAUAGAGAGUGGAGAAAACAUUGGUUUGUCUUCGGUGAUUCGGUGCUAAGGUUCUUCAGAGACUCUGAAGCUGAGGAGUCAGAUGACCUGGAUGGAGAGAUAGACCUCACAGCCUGUGUCAACGUACAAGAUUGUGAUGUGGAGAAGAACUAUGGGUUCCAGAUACAAACGAAGAGAGGCGUGUUCACGCUCUCGGCUAUGACCUUCAGGAUCAGGAGGAACUGGGUGAAGGUUCUGAGACAAGCUAUCCAGAGCUGCCACUCGUCCAGCGUCACAGACCAAUUAGAAUGCAGCAGCGAGAAAGAGAACUCCCUCUCUCGGCAUUCGUUGUCAUGCCAACCUUCCUCUCAGCUCACCCGUGAGACUGGCCCAGAGAACACGGAGCAGCAGGCAACGACCCGUCGACAAACUGACCAUCGGUCGGACUCCUUGGAUCAGGAUCCAGACGCCACGCCCUCUCAUUUGGGUGUCGUCAGUCAGCGGGAGGAAGGGGAGGGCUGGGACAUAGAGCAGGCCAAGCGAUUGGAGGAGAGGAACAAGUGGUUUGAAUCGGGAAUUUCUUUCAGCGAGAUGAGCAGCAGGUGGGAUUCGAUGGAACUAAAAAAGGGGAGUGUCCCUGUACCUGUCACUCAGAUGGACCCGGAAGUCAUCAAGAAGUGGGCAGAGUUCGAGAGUCUGUCAGUCCGGGACGUGAGUGCGCAGUCUCUGAUUGGUGCACAGACCAGUCCGUCAACCACUGCCCAGGCUUUGCAGAGAGAGGCCCUCUCCCUGAGGGAGCAGGUGGAGGGCCUGAGGAGGGAGCGUGUGGCCAUGGGGACGGUGGUGGAGGUGGGAGUGGAGGAGGGGGUGGAGGUGACGGUGGACAGCCCGUGUGGGCCCGGGGCCCCCUGCGGAGCCAGGCUGAAGGCCAUGGAGGAAGCGCACCGUCGGAGCCUCCGGGAGCUGCAGGAGAGACACGCCAGGGAGAUCCGUGAGCUGGAGAGAGAGAGAGACCGGCUGCUGCAGGAGGAGAGUCAGGCCACCGCACAAGCUGUGGAGGCUCUAAAGAAGACCCACUGGGAGGAGCUGGAGAGGGAGGUGGAGAAGGCCAGGCGGUUAGGGGGCGGAGUCUCUAACCUCGAAUCAGGACGGCACUCCCGUAAGGAUUCCCUCCACAGCGAGCUUGAAGUCCUGUCAGAAAGUUACUCCCAGAGAUGCCUGGAACUGAGCAGGACGGAGCAGAGCUGUGGAGACAGACAGACAGACCUGGGACGGAGGGAGAGAGAGAUGGAGCAGCUUCGCAGAGAGAACCAGGAGCUGAAGGUGCGGCUGGCUGAGGAGGUCAGUCGCAUGCGCUAUUUCAUCACAGGUCAAAGGUCAGGGUUCGUCUCCACCGGCAACUGUGAACGCAGUCCCUCAGAACUGGAGAUGGAGCUGCGGGCCAAGGAUAAUGAGAUCCAGUAUCUCCAGAAAGAAAUCAGCUGUCUACAGUCUGAGGUGCUGUCUCUAACCAAGGAAAAGGAGACUGCAUACGACCGCUAUAAAGAAGCGUAUGUGGAACUGAGCGGAAUGAAAGGUCGCAGCCAAUUGGAGAUGGGCUCCCUCAGGGAACACCUAAGACUGGCCAAUGCCGCACUGCAGGAGGGGGCUAGAGACAGCUGAUUUGCUGAUUUGGCAACCAGGAAGUGAUCAAAGAUCAGUGGAAUUAGUUGACACUGACUAGGCCUGGUCAUGGUUUG